GCCAAAGCGCAUCUAAUUCUAAGCCUCAUUUCUCACUUUCCUCUCACUACAAACAUGCAAAGACUAUCCUUAGGCUCUCCCACCUCCAAGCUCCACAUCCAUGGUGGAGAAGAUAUUACCAGAGCCGAUGAUCACAAACGCCGAGUUAUCAUCGACGGCGAGGAUCGCAAAGACAGUCAACCUCUUCGAUUGUCUUUUUCGCCUUCUUCUCCGUCGUUGCCGUCGCCUCCUAAGUCUGAGAAUCUCAUUCAUCUCAUUCCUGUUCUCACUCUCCUUUGCUUCCUCAUUCUUUACCUAAAUUCUCACAGUCCUUCUCAAUCUGAUUUGGCAGAUUUUAACGGAUUCAAGCAUUCCUCAAAGCAUUUAGAUUCACGCGAAAUCGGCGAUUUAGGCCGAUUUAUGGAGAUUCAGAGAGGCGAUGUUUUGGCUAUUCGAAGCCAGAGGAAUUUGCAAGAGCUUGAUAAGUUCGUUUCGAAGUAUCGUCCUCACCGGAAAAUCGCCGAUUUCUAGGCGGCCUCCUUCAGUUUUCCAUCGAUCGGUUUCUCUCUCUCUCUUACGAUUCCGAUGUCGUUCAUGGUCUAGCUGACUAUAUGCCAACACGUGCUGGUUAUACUUGCACGUGAGAGGCAUUUUUUUUUGUUGAACAUGUAUAUUUAAAUUGAAUGUUAAUUUGUUGGUUUGAGAAGCAAAUAUCUUAGCUGCCGGUACGUGCGCAGCUCCUGGUCAGUUGUUUUA